GAUCCUCCAGGACAAGGGUCACCGAAGAUUUUCUCAUCAGUUGGGUACGGAAUAAUCCAGAGGCUUCCAGGUAAGGUCCACUCGUUCUGCUUGCUGAUCCUGGUGCUGGACAGUGAUAACGUGUUGAGUGUUCAUCAGACGUGCAGAAAUGAUUUUGUGUCUGCUCUCUUUGGUCACCAUUUUCCUUUUGUGUCGCUGGUUAAGAGCAAGAAAGCGAGUCUCGGGAAUAUCUAAUAAAUACGUGUUCAUCACCGGCUGCGAUUCUGGUUUUGGAAACUUACUUGCCAAACACCUGGACCAGUUAGGCUUUCGAGUGUUCGCUGGCUGUUUCACUGAGAAGGGUGAGGAUGAGCUAAAGAAGACAACGUCUGAGAAACUUGUAACCGUUCAUUUGGAUGUGACCAAGUCGGAAAGCAUCCAGAGAGCCAUAGAACUGGUUAAGACUCAGGUGGGACAGGCUGGUCUUUGGGGACUAGUCAAUAAUGCUGCAGUUGGAAUCCCCGUUGGUCCCUGUGACUGGCUCAAUGUGCAGGAAUUCAGAAGCAUGUUUGACGUCAACUUCUUUGGAUUGGUCGAGGUCACCCUGGGCUUUGUCCCCCUCAUAAAGAAGGCCAAAGGAAGAAUCGUGAAUAUGUCAAGUAUGUGUGCAAGAGUUAGCACUCCUGCGGCACCAUACUGUGCAACAAAAAGUGCGGUGGAAAGUUUCACCGACAGCCUUAGGAAGAACAUGGCCUAUUUUGGCAUUAAAGUUUCAUGCAUUGAGCCUGGGUUCUUCAAAACAAGCAUUAUAACUUCAGAGUUGUUCAAAAGUAACUUGGAGCAGCUUUGGGAAAGGCAAACUGAAGAACUGAAAGAGGACUAUGGGAGAAAUUAUUUAGAAAAAGUUGUGAAAAAUGUAGGAAAGCAGAUAGACAAUUAUUCUGACCCGGACCUGAUGAAAGUGGUGAGCUGCAUGGAGCAUGCCGUUUCAGCUGAACAUCCUUGGACUCGCUAUGCACCUGGAUGGGAUGCCAGAUUUUUUUGGAUACCACUUUCCUACAUGCCAACUGUCAUUAUCGACUAUGUAUUCAGCCGGACCAUGAUCACACCAGCCAAGUCUGUGUACUGAACUCAGGCUAAAGAAGCUUUCUUGGGGCUGGGCCUCUCCACUGGGACUGAUGAUCUGUUACACAC